GACGCAUCAAAGCCACCUCCCCCACAUCCGAAUUGCUUUAUCUUUUAUUUUUGUUAUAACCAACUUUAAAUGUCAACGCCCACCAACAUUAUAAACCAAUAAAAUAAUAUCCUUAUAUUCAAAUAACUCAUUACCCACUAUCUAAAAGUCAACUCUUCUCUCCCCCUUUUCUCGAUUCCCCCCAAACUCCACAUAUCAUAACUUAACAUAACUCUUUUCCCUUCUCUCAAUUUCCAACCUUCUUUCUCACACACUCCAUCAAAAUGAACACCACCAAAAUUCUUCUUCUAUAAAUCCAUUUUUCUCUCUUGAUUAUUAUUAUUAUUGUGAUUCAUAUAUUGGACAAUUUGAAUCAAUCAAAAAAAUGGGCAACGCGGCCGGGAAGCUAACCCCGUGUCUAUGCCCGGCAAGCGGCGGCGGAGAUAUCUCCCAACGGCACGACAUCGCGGUUAUCCUCAGCAACCCGCUUCACGACGAAGGUUUAGGUCAUUCCUUUUGUUACAUCCCACCACCACCCGAUCACCACCACCAAUUUUUCAGUGGAAGCCUUACAACCACCACCGCAGCAAUAUCAUCAUCACCGGCAGCAAUAUUUAAAAAUCUUUCCGGCGCUUCGUUAAGCGCCAACACUUCAACACCUCUGUCAACUACUCUGCUUUUGGAUGAUUAUCCAUCAACUAUGGAUCGUGCUUCUUCUUUUGAGAGUUCAUCUUCUUUUGCUUCGGUUCCUUUGCAGCCUAUUCCUCGGAACCUAAUCAAUUCUGGUCCACUUCCUUUGAGUCGAUACUCGGGUUCGGGUUCUGGAUUGAUCGAAAGAGGGUUCUUAUCGGGUCCGAUCGAAAGAGGGGUUCUCUCAGGACCAAUUGAUCAGCAAAAGUGUAAUCCAAAAUUGGAGAAGAUUAAGUCUAAGUAUGAAUUUAACAAGUGGGGUUCAAUCAAAGGGAUUAAAGAUUCAAUCUUGAGCACAAUUUGGGGAAAUGGUAAAGGGAAUCUUAAAACAGGGUAUGAUUCCAUUAAAGAAUUGGAAAGCUACAAUAGUAAUAAUUUAGAUAGUGUUGGGAAAAACAGUAGUGUUGCGAAUUUGAGCUGUGAAAUGAGCUUAGAAGAAGAAAACGAGGUUGAUAAUUUGAAUGGAAAUGGAGGAAUUGGAAUGGAGUCUGAGAAUGUUCAAUGGGCGCAGGGGAAAGCAGGGGAAGACAGAGUUCAUAUUGUUGUUUCUGAAAAUUAUGGUUGGGUUUUUGUAGGGAUCUAUGAUGGUUUUAAUGGUCCUGAUGCUCCUGAUUUCUUGCUUUCUAAUCUUUAUUCUUCUGUCAAUAAAGAGCUUCAGGGUUUGCUCUAUCAUGAUUGUAGAUCGGAAUCGGAAUUGGAAUCGGUUUCUGCCUCGAAUCAAUCUACUAUAUCUAAGGAUUCCGAGGAGGAAGUCAACGAUUGCUCUAGGAGAAUGAGUGGGUUGGAUUGUUGUUCGUCUAUUGAUCAAGAUGAAGAGGUCAAUAGUAAUGUUGAUGUAAGUAUGAAGAAAAAGCUAAGGAAUAAGAAUAGUUUUGCUACUAAUAAUAGUAGUGGUAGGCAAAUAUUGGAGAUAGAUGAAAAGGUAAGGGAAAGGCUUAAGCAAAUGUCCAGUAAAAUCAAGCAUUCGGAUGUUCUUAAGGCGCUUUCGAACGCCUUAAGGAAGACGGAGGAAGCGUAUCUGGAUAUUGCUGAUAAGAUGGUGAAGGAAAACCCUGAGCUGUCUUUGAUGGGUUCUUGUGUUUUGGCUAUGUUGAUGAUGGGAGAAGAUAUUUACUUGAUGAAUGUUGGUGAUAGUAGAGCUGUUUUAGGCCAAAAACCGGCUUCUGAGACCGAGUUUUCAGAAGAGUUUCCUCACAUCUCUUCCCUUCAAUUGACAGUGGAUCACAACACCUAUGUAAAAGAGGAAGUUCAAAGAAUUAGAAGAGGACACCUAGAUGAUCCAUUCGCGGUAGUAAACAAUCGUGUGAAAGGAUCGUUGAAGGUCACUCGUGCAUUUGGUGCAGGAUUUCUCAAACAGCCAAACUGGAAUGAUGCCUUACUAGAAAUGUUCAGAAUUGACUACAUUGGUAGCUCACCUUAUCUAACAUGUUCACCAUCACUUCACCACCACAAAGUAAGUCCAAGGGACAGGUUCUUGAUCCUGUCCUCUGAUGGACUUUACCAAUAUUUCACCAACGAAGAAGCCGUGUCUGAAGUCGAGCUUUUCAUGGCAUCCACACCCGAGGGAGAUCCCGCUCAACAUCUCAUAGAAGAAGUCUUGUUUCGAGCUGCUAAAAAAGCCGGAAUGGAUUUCUAUGACUUGAUAGAAAUUCCACAAGGCGAAAGACGAAGGUACCAUGAUGAUGUGUCCCUUAUUGUCAUAUCAUUAGAAGGAAAAAUAUGGCGUUCACCCAUGUAAAUAGGAACAACUUCUCCAUAACUAAGCACAUAUAUAGAUCAUACAAGUUAAGAGAUUGCAAUUAGAUAGAUUCUAUCAUACCAAUUUUGUUACAAAACUCCACCCCCCUUCCCCCUCCAAAAGAAAAAAAGGGUUUUGGUUGUUUUAAACUAUUACUAUACUUUCUUUCUUUCUUUCAAAAAAAAAAAAAAAAAAAAAAAAAGACUAUUACAAUACUUCCUAUGAAUUGUCAUAUCUACCGUAUAAUUUAUAACAGUGAUGUGACAAUCAAUAUCCCAAUGAAGGUUGUAAAAUACUAUAGUUGAAACUUCAUCAAAAUAGCUCUGGCGAGCUUUUCUUUUGAUUUAGAUAGCAUGCAUCAUGGUUAGAGUGUAGGAGUAUAUGUUGUAAAAAAAAAACAAAAAUACUUUACUAUGGAGUAUUUGACAUUCUUUUA